AUGGCAUUUUUUUACGGUCCAUGCCCAUCUCUAAUGGAACUUGAAAAGAAGGAUAUUGGAGCAUCUAUUCAAUAUGAAUUCCCGGAAAAUUCGCAACCCACUCCCAUUCAUUUAGAACAUUACCAAAUUUUAGAAGCCAUAUCGAAUGCUGAGGCGCGCGUUUGGGAAUUGGAAAAUAAUGGCGCCUUGUUGCAAAUUCUAAAAUUAGAUGAAAUAGAUAGCGUGAUACUGAACAGCUCUCCUCAUGUAUUCAGAAAAAUACGCUUAGGAUUUAUAAGCGUAUUCGCGUCCGAAGCUUUGGCACAUUUAUUAAAGGAUCAUUAUAACAAAUACCAAUUAGCAGAAUACCUCAAUAGCCUGAAUGUUUAUAACACAACUUUGGAUUGGGAUUGCCCGUUUACACCAUCUGUGUUUAGUAGAAGAUUUUGUAAUUCGCAAUACCGAGAAAUAGAUGGCUUCUGCAACAAUAUUAAAAAUCCGAUAUGGGGAACUACAUUCAGUCCUUCUAUAAGAUUUAUUCCCCCGGAUUAUGGAGAUGGUUUAAACACUUUGCGUCUAUCGCAUGAUGGUUCAGAAUUGCCUAACCCAAGAUUGAUAAGCACCGAGAUAUUACCAACUAAAACGGUAGAGGACCCAUAUUUUACUAGUAUGGUUAUGGUAUUUAGUCAAAUGAUGGAUCACGAAUUUGCCUUAGCUUCAAGUCCAUCUGGUUUUAAACAAGGUAGAUUAAAGUGUUGCGACAAAAAUUUCGGACACCCCCAAUGUUUACCCGUUUAUUUACCAAAGAAUGAUUAUUUUUUUAGUAAAUUUCAGCAAACCUGUAUGGAAGUAGUGAGAUCAUUACCCGCCAUAUCGAGAGACUGUCGGCUAGGAAUUAGACAACAAAAUAACGAAGCUACUUCUUAUAUAGAUGCCUCUCAAAUCUAUGGUUCAAUCCAUUCAAAAGCUAACAGCUUGAGAACAUUUCAUAAAGGAUUUUUAAAAAGUCAACCCAAUCCCUUCAAUCCUCAUGGAAGAGAGUUACUUCCUGUUGAAAUGAAUCCAGCCUCCGAACAAUGCGAAAACAAAACAAGAGAAUUUAAAUGUUUUGUUGCAGGUGAUGAAAGAGCAAGCGAGAACUCACUAUUGGUAUCUAUUCAUACAUUAUUUAUGAGGGAACAUAACCUAAUCGUUAAUAGUUUAGCGCAUUUCAAUCCCCACUGGGAUGAUGAAAAAUUGUAUCAAGAAGGUCGUCGAAUAGUGGCAGCUUUAAUUCAACACAUCAGUUUCAAAUCGUUAUUACCGAUUAUAAUCGGCGAACAUUUUAUACGACGUUUCAAGUUGGAAUUAGCGGACACGGGUUAUUUCGGUGGCUAUGACGAGCAUAUUGAUGCUACUGUUGAUCAUGGAUUAAUAAUCGCAGCCUUUAGAUAUGGACACAGUAUUCUUAACAAGGAUAUAUUUCGCGUUAGCCGUAAUCGCAAGUACCAGUCCCCUCUGCACUUGAGAACAGACUUUUUCAGAACUGAAAAUAUAUACACUGAUGUAUUUCCCAAAGGGAUGGAUUCUAUCGUGCGGGGAAUGUUUCAUCAACAUAUUCAAUUGAUGGAUAACAAUAUAGCCGAAGACGUUAAAAAUCAUUUAUUCGAAUUUGAUGAUAAGCCCUUUGGAAUGGAUUUGAUGGUUCUCAAUUUGAUGAGAGGCAGGGAACAAGGCGUUCCUGGAUAUAAUGAAUGGAGAGAGUUUUGCGGAUAUAAGAGAUUUGCUGACUUUUAUUCAAUGGAAGCUGAAAUGUAUACCGGAGCCGCCGAACGCUUUUCUAACAUUUACAAUCAUCCAGAUGAUAUCGACUUAUUUCCUGCUGGGGUUUCAGAACUUCCAAAUGGAGCUGGAAUAUUAGGGCCGACCUUUUCGUGCAUCAUAGGAUUACAAUUCCAUAAUUUCCGGUUUGGGGAUCGAUUUUGGUACGAAAAUCAUCUUAGACCAGGAGUUAUUGACUAUCCUUUUCGUCCGGAACAAUUGCAAGAAAUAAGGAAAAUGACGCUAAGCAAAAUCGUAUGCGAGAACACCGAUACCAUACUAGAAAUACAAAGGGAUAUAUUUAGAAAGUCAAGUCUGGAUAACCCGAUUUUAAAUUGCGAACACAUACCCAACAUUGACUUUUCGUUUUGGAAGGAAGAUACGCAGAAUGUAUUAACACCUUACGAAGUUUAUAAAGCAAUCCAAGACGCCGAAAACCAGGUCAACGAGAUGGAAAAAACGGUGUUGAAGGAUAUCUUGAAAAUAGAUGAGAAAGAUAGCGUCAUUUUAAACAGUUCGCCAUACACCUUUAGGAAGAUACGUUUAGGGUACAUCAGUUCGAUUGCAACAGAUACUCUUGGAUCCCUACUUAAUGGGCAAUUUAACAAAUAUCAACUCGCAGGCUACCUAAACAGUUUUCCACUUAAUAGCACCACUAUCGGCAGGGGUUGCCCGUAUACAUUCGAAAUAUUUAAAAGGCGAAUAUGUAACCUUAUGUACAGAGAAAUAGAUGGAUUUUGUAAUAAUCUUAAAAAUCCCAUUUGGGGCUCCGCCAUUAGUCCACCAAUACGUUUCAUUCCUCCUGAUUAUGGAGAUGGCUUAAAUUCCCUUCGCUUGUCUUUCGAUGGUUCUGAUUUGCCAAAUCCAAGAAUUAUUAGCACCGCUAUAUUGCCUACCCGAACUGUGGAAGAUCCAACGUUUACGAAUAUGGUGAUGGUUUAUGGUCAAUUUAUGGACCAUGAAUUCGCUCUAACCUCGAGUCCAACAGGGUUUAAACUAGGUAAAUUAAAGUGCUGCAACACGAACAUUACCCAUCCUCAAUGUCUACCAGUUCAUUUGCCACCAGAUGAUCAUUUUUUCGGUAGACUUAAUCAAAAUUGUAUGGAAGUUGUCAGGUCGUUACCGGUGAUUUCUAGAGAAUGUCGAUUAGGUUUCAGACAACAAAAUAACGAAGCAACUUCUUAUAUUGAUGGUUCUCAAAUUUAUGGUUCUAUCAACUUAGUCGCUAAUGUAAUCCCGCCUCUGAACAAUGCGCCAAUAAAACGGGCAGAUUUAGAUGUUUCGCAGCAGGUAUGUAGAGGAGAUGAAAGAACUAACGAAAAUUCCCUCUUGAUAGCAAGUCAUACUUUGUUUAUGAGAGAACACAACCGAGUCGUACGAAAUUUGGAAAGAAUCAAUCCCCAUUGGGAUGAUGAAAGAUUGUAUCAAGAAGGUCGCAGAAUAAUAGCAGCCUUUAUUCAGCAUAUUACAUUUAAAGAAUUCGUACCAGUUAUAAUAAAUCCUGGUGAUAUUAAACGGUUCAAUUUAGAGCUGGCGGAUAGCGGUUAUUUUAGCGGUUACAAUGAAGAUAUUGAUGCUACUAUAGAUCAGGGAUUUGCCGUGGCUGCCUUCCGAUUUGGCCAUAGUUUAAUAAAUAAGGAUAUGUUCCGGAUAAGUAGAAAUAACGAUUAUCAAUCCCCACUUCAUCUUAAGACCGAUUUUUUCAGACCUGAAAAUAUCUACGACGAAAAAUUUCCCAAAGGAAUGGACCCUUUAGUGAGGGGAAUAUUUCAACAACAUAUUCAACUUAUGGACAAUAACAUUGCCGAAGAUGUUAAAAAUCAUUUAUUCGAAGAAGAUCACGUGCCUUUCGGUAUGGAUUUAAUGGUUCUCAAUUUAAUGAGAGGACGAGAACACGGAGUUCCUGGUUACAAUGAGUGGCGCCAAUUUUGCGGAUUCACUAGAUUUGAAGAUUUCUACUCAAUGGAAGAAGAAAUGUUUCCAGGUGCUGCAGAACGUUUCUCCAAUGUUUACAAACACCCAGAUGAUAUCGAUUUAUUUCCUGCAGGUGUCUCUGAAUUACCUACAAAUAAUAUUGGCAUUCUAGGUCCUACAUUUUCGUGCAUAGUCGGUUUACAAUUCCAUAAUAUGAGAUUUGGUGAUAGAUUUUGGUAUGAAAAUUUUCCCAAACUCGGCAUUAUUGAUAACCCAUUUAAACCAGAACAACUACAAGAAAUCAGGAAAAUAACUUUGAGCAAGAUUACUUGUACCAAUACAGAUACUAUCACAACCAUACAACGAAAUGUUUUUAGACAACCAAGUUUAAACAUACUUAAUGGCAAAUUUUUUGAAGUACUUCAAGAUGAUCAUAAUAAAGAAAUUCAACGUGACUUUGGUAUUGACGAAAAAGUUAUAGCAACUGUUACAGAUAACGGCUCUAACUUUAAGAAAGCUUUCAAGGAGUUUGGAUUUUCUAUGGAAGCUGUAGAGAAUGACUUUGACAUCAAUGAUGAUGAAGGUAUAGAAUUCGAAAUCAUUGAAAGGUCUAAAGAAGCCUCAAUAACAUUACCUCAACACAUUCGUUGUUUGUGCCAUACGAUAAAAUUGCCACAACAGAUGUCGAGAGAGCUAUUAAGGAUUCUCCUAACAUUUCUAAAAUUCAUCAUCCUGCAAUAG